GAUCAAUCACAGAGACAAAACUUGGAUUUGCGUGUGUGCAGUUUUCUCUCUCUUAUCUCAAGCUCCUCCAUCAAUGGCGGCAAAUGGGUUGGAUUUAGCUUAUGCCUACAGAAGAAAACCCCCUUAUUCUCCUUCUUCUUCUUCUUCUCUGCUCAACUCUUUUUUCAUGUCCACCGUCAACGUCGCCGCCAAUUCUCUCGUCUCCGUCGCCUCCAAUACUAAAAAUGAACUCUCCGGCCGCAAAUGGAGGCCGGCCGACCACCUCCGCUUCAUGCUCAUGAUAACCUCUUGGGUUACCGUUUGGCUUCUUAGGAUUGUCAUGGAUUGGUCCCCUUUCUCCCUUCUCUCCUCUCGCCGUAUUCUCGGCGGCGGUGGCGGUAGCGACGGUGGUGGUGGUGGUUCUCGUUUGUUGGAGUAUCGCCCUUUGUCGCCUUUGUUGCUGUCGUCGUCGUCCUUGUCGUCGGGUUCGGCUCUGACUCAUUCGCUGUCGUCCUCGUCGUCCUCGUCGUCGGCGUUGGCUUCGCUCUCCAAGUUGAAUUUGAUUCCUUAUGAAACCUUCGACUUCGGCGGUGCUUCUAUAAAACCGCUCGGCCGAGCGCUAUCUCAGAUCUUCGCGAUUCUGAACGAGAUGCCGGCGAGUUCAGGGAAGUACCAGUUCGCGAUGGCGAUGGCGGAGAAGAUAAUGGAGGAGAACGCGCGUGGCGGCCAGAUCGAGCUCUUGGAGGUCAAUCGGACAGCACUGGCGAACGGCUUCGCGCGGACUUCUUCUCUCCUCUACGAAUCGCUCAAUCAAACGCGCCGCCUCGAGGAACGGAGAAACGCCAAGCCCUGGCCGUCGCGGAUCGUCGGAUAUCUCCCCUUCGGAUCCUACGUCACUCCCUAUCUCAAAUUUGUAGAUCUCGCCGUCACUGCCGUCGGCGCCAUCGUUCCCAAGGGCGGCGCCAGAUCCGUCUACGGCCAGAUGCCGGAGUACGCCGGCGAUGUGGCCGCGGAGAAGCUCGCUCAGGAGUUGCUCUGGAUGACGCACAAGCUCCGGGAGUACGGAGCCGUGGAUGAAGCGAUUCUGCAAUGGAGCUUCGCCGGCGGCCUGGCUUCCGCCUCCUUCGCCUGCAAUCCCAGAGUCCAGUGCUGUUUCGUCAAACUCUCAGCGACUCUGUUUCGCGACCUAGCGAGGAGAGAAAUGGAGGAGCUUAUAACGUCGGAAGUGAAAUUCAGGAUGCUGUCGAUAUGGCUGCCAUUGCUGUGCCACGCUCAAAACGGAUUGGUGUAUCCGGCGCUGAUGAGGUACGAGAAAGACGAGACGGAGAGAGCAGUGAACCGCGUGAUCGGAAGCUUGCCGCCGAUGGAUCAGGAAGUGAUUCUGACAAAUUGGUUCCAAGAUUACGCGAUUUCGGCCUCCGAGUGGCCAAAUCUGCAGCCUUCUUACGAUCUCUGGUGCGAUUCCACUCGAGAACUCGUCGCCUGGGCAGAAAAUCAGCCGAAUCGAAUCGAAUUUUGAAAUCAGCGGCGGAAGAGAUUGAAGAGUAAGGAUUUAGAACGAGGGGAUUAGGGUUUUAGAAUUGUGAUGAAACAGAUAUAUAAAUAUACGAAUAUGUGUGUUGUUUCAUAUUUGAUUUGGUUUUUUUUUUUUUUUUUGGUGUAUAAUAAUUAAAUAAAAGUGCUCGUAAAUGCACUUAAUUUGAUUAGGUCAUUGAUUUUGCU